GCCCUAGCCAUGUAGCGGAUGUGACGUCACGGGGUGCGGAAGUCAGCGGAUGUAAACAGUGUGGGUGUGUGGUUGUGUCGGCGUUGGACAUGUUGCAAUUCAAUGAUUCCGACACCAGCCCCGCCGCCUUGGAGCUGCAGCUCAGCCCCGACAAGGGCUCGGCUACCCCACAACAACCCUCAGGCUAUAACCUGCAGUCCCUGCGCUGCCUCACCGUGCACAACCCCACCAUGCAGGCCCGAGUCAAGGAGUACUUCGUGUUCCGGGUGAGAGACUCAGGGCUGUCACCUCUCUGAGCGGCUGGCACUUCUAGGGUUAACCAAGUGUCAUGUCAUUGGGGUGUGAUGGUCCUGCCAGGCACAGAGCUAAUCAUAUCAGUGUCAGAGGGCUCGUGUGCUAACCCCCUUAACAUACACAGGGUUAACUAGAUCAGUGCCAAACAGGGGGAGGUUUAUAGUCAUGGCACUAAUAGGGUUAACCAUGUAAGUGGGAUCUAAUGGUCCUGCCACUCACAGAGCUUAUCCUAUCUGUGUCAGAGGGUUGAUGUGUUAACCUUCUGGCAUACACAGGGUUAACUAGAUCAGUGCCAAACAGGGGGGAGGUUUAUAGUCAUGGCAAUAAUAGGGUUAACCAUGUAAGUGGGAUCUAAUGGUCCUGCCACUCACAGAGCUUAUCCUAUCUGUGUCAGAGGGUUGAUGUGUUAACCUUCUGGCAUACACAGGGUUAACUAGAUCAGUGCCAAACAGGGGGGAGGUUUAUAGUCCUGACAAUUUUGGGUUAACUAUGUUGGUGUCAUAUUAGUAGAGUGUAAUGCUCCUGCCAGGCACAGAGCUAAUCAUAUCAGUGCCAGAGGGAUGGUGUGUUAACCUCCCGGCAUACACAGGGUUAACUAUAUCGGUGCCAAACAGGUAGGCGGUUUAUAGCAAUGGCAUGCCAAUGUCGCUGGUACACGCAGGGUUGCCCAUUUUCCUGUUGUGUUUUUAUAAACCCAACCUCCUCUAGAUUGUAAGCCCGUUUGAGCAGGGUCCGCAUUUGCCUAUUGUUCCUGUAACAUUUUGUGAUUGUCUCAUUUAUUGUUAAAUGUCCCCCUUUUUUUAAUAAUGUAAAGUGCUGCGGAAUUAGUUGGUACUAUAUAAACACAAAUAAUGGUAAUACAAAGGAGUGGCAUGCCAAUUCCUCUGGCACUAACAGGGUAAAUGAAAUUCAUGCUAAAAAGGUCAGAUACUGAUGUUUAUGGCAUUUUUAGUGUUUACGGUAUCUACGGGAAUGAAGAGGUGUGAGACUUCUAAUAAAUCAUAUUUAUUUAAACUCUUUCAACUGCUCUCCACUGUGUGUAAUUAGUUGUUUAGUGUUUCAAUACAGUGAUAUGUUUCCUUGUAAAAAUUGAUUGAAUUCAUAAACAGUUCAAGUGUGUGAAAAUCUUUUUUCUGGCUAAGCAAAACGUGAGCUGAGAACAUGGUGUUUUCAUAUUGUUGUAUUUCAGGAUACAUUUGUUUUGAUAAAGUUAUCAAGCAGUUGUGAAAGCGUCAGCUAAAGCAAUGUUUCUCAAUCUUUUCCGGAGAGGUACCCCCUGCAGGUCUAAACAGAAUUUCUAAGUACCCCGCCUCAAGAAAGUAAUUUCUAUUUUUUUUUAACUUUACAUAUAAAAAUGCAUAGACCCUGAUAUUUAAUUUUAUCCCAUAUUGAAGAACAAGCUUGAUUAACAGUAGUAAAGAAUAUUUGUAAAAUAAAUAUGACAUAAUGUGAAUAUUGUGCAUGUAAUAUAAAUAUUAAGUAAUAAAGUAAAAAAUUUAAAUAUAUACACACAUACAGUUACACCCAGAGGGCACUAUAACACACACACACGGUUACACCCAUAGGGCACUAUAACACACGCUGGGUUACACCCAGAGGAGAGGGCACUGAAACACACUCACAAAUUUUAUUUUUUCAAUUCUUUUUGUUAAAUCCACUCAGCCUUCCUACCUGGAGUGGACCCUUUCCCUGGCUGCUCUCAUCUUUAUGCUCUUCCAGCAUUGCUCCUUCGCAUGCUGUUUAGUAAUGCCUUGACCAGAGUGACCUCAAAACUGGCUCACGACAUCACCGCAGGGCGCGCAGGAGCAGUUCUGGAAGAUCAUGAAGAGUACAGCUCCCUCUCCACCUCCAUUCUCCCCCAGUGGGCCGCCUCUGUGGGCGCACAGAAUUCCCCCAGCACUUGGUGUGUGUACUUCUGGGGUACAUGUACUAAGAGCUAAAGGAUGCUAAAUUUAUUAUGCAGUGCAAGUAUUAUUAAAGUGCUAAUUUAAACAUAUGUUAAAUGAAUACAUCACAAUUACAAAGUGAUAUGUAUUUAUGCAGGUCCUACAUGUGCUCAUCAUUAACAAGCACAUAUUCAAAAAAAACCAAAAAUUUGAAAUAUGUUGUGCAAGUAAAUACACUGUAUAUAUUUAUAUAUUAACAAGGAUCUCCUUCGUAAAGUACAAUUAGAAAAUGUGAUAUACAUAUAGUGUUUUAAGUGUAAAAAUAACCUUACACUUUUUAUUUGCCACAUUUGCAUUCAUGGAGGUUCAGUCCUAAGAGUAUGUUGGAGCUCAUUAUGGAACUAAAAUCACUUGCCCAAGUACAACAGCACUGUCAGUACAGAGCCAUCGUCUUUUAAGACUUUGCAAACUUGCUCAAUACAAACCUAAAUAAAAACAAUCCACUGGGAGAAAUGAGCCUGCAUUCGAGGUUACUGUGUUUUAAAUUGUAACUCUCAGGGUAGAAGUGAAUGUCACAAAAAAUGUUGGUAACAAAAUAUUCCUUGGCAGCUUGAAAAAUUUAAUUUAGAACCUUCAGUGUUUAAUUUAUAUGGUUUGACAACUGCCAUGAUUUUCGUGCACCCUUAGUCUUUAUUUUGUAUUAGAUGCUUCUUUGCUAAAAGGUGAAAAUAAAGUAGCGUUUCUAUUUUUGUCUUCAGUUUUUUGUGAAGCUGGUAUAUUCAUGUUUUUGCAUUGUGACUCCAGCUGAAUUGUAGCCAGAAGGCAGUCUGUCUUUGAGAGAUGCCAAUAAGUGUAGAGUUUGGGAAGGGAUUUAGGUUUAAUGUAAAAUUAGAAUAAUUUAGUUAUUGGUGCAGUUUCCCUAGUACCAGGGAAAUUGGAACACACAAAUCUGACCAUUUUCAAUAGUGACAGCUAAACAUACAGCAAACGGAAUUGCCAGAAUUGCUCAAAUAACCAAGUUUUCAUUUUGAGACUAGCCAAAUGUUUUCCAUUUAUUACCAACCUAAAUGCAACAUUGUGACUGUCUGUUUUUUUUUUGUUUUUUUUCAAGUAGAGUCUGAGCGUGUUUGUUUGAAAAAAGACACAUAGUGAAAACGUUGUUAAUAAAGGGAUAAUAUUUAUUUUUCCUUACAUACUGCUUUGGUAGACCUGGUGUCCUUGCACCCUUAAAUUGAAAUUUGAAUAGGUGGGUUUUCUUCCCUAUCUCGCUGUUUAGUAGGCAAAGGCUUUCAAAUGGCAAGCUUUUUGCUGAAACAGCAAUAUUUGUACAACUCAAUUCCAUUCUGCUGUUUUGGAUUUUAGUGAAUAGGCAUUUAAUUGAAUUGAAAAGUAGGUGAAUGUUAGCGAUUCUCCAAUUCUGCUUUAGUUGGCUAUGUUAGUUUGAAAUGUGAAUUUUGACAUUCCUUUUACCACAAUUAAUUGUUAAAGGAACUCUACAAGAACCAUAACCAUUACAGUGCGUUGUAGUGUUUAUGGUACCGGGAGUGCCCUGGUGCUACCCCCUCUCCCCCCCCAAUAAGAAGUCAAACUGUUUUGCUGACACGUUGACUUCUUGCCUGGGGUCUGCUGGGAGCUGCUCCCUACCUCCUCCACCUUCUAAAACAGUUUGACUUAUUACAAUGGGUAAUGUCAAGGCAGACCUGGUACCUUAACCAAUACGGUGCACUGAUCUGGUUAUGGUGAUUUAAUUAUUCCUUUAAAGGGAUACGCCAAUCCCCUAAUUACAAAAUAAAUAAAAAGCACUGUUUUCCAGAUAUACAACAGUGAAAACAUGCAUUUAAUUAUGCAUAUUAUCAUUGGGGUUGUAGCUGCAGUUCUCUUGUCUGCUGCCUUUGCAAGCCCUCCCCUACUAACCCCGCCCAGACUUGUUGUGGCUGUCCAAUCACAGACAUCCCCAUGCAGCUCAGUGAGAAGUCUUUGCCAGGCAGGUGCUCUGUGAAAGGUAGGGAGGCUGGGUGGACAAAUCAUUUGUGAGAGUGAGUGUUGCAAUAUCAGUGUGUGUAUCUUUAGUGACCUGCUCCCCUAUUUACUUGGGAACGGUGUUUUUGCUCACUUUUUUUUCCCACGCCAUGCUGGUGAUGCUGCAGCUGGCGCCACCUCCAUGGCUGAGAUCAUUAAUCUUAAAAAUCUCAGCCAAACCAAUGCUUUUGAAUAGGAAAGCAUUGGUGGACUAUUGCGUAUGAGCGGCAAAGCGCCACGCUGCGCCAAUCGACUUCUCCUCAUAGAGAUGCAUUGAAUCAAUGCAUCCCUUUGGGGUGCAUUAACGUAGGUGCUGCACACUGUGCAGGAAGCACCUCUAGUGACCGUUUGAGUGACUAUCCCUAGGUAGCAAUGUAAACACUGCCUUUUUUCUGAAAAGACAAUGCAGGGACAGGAUAUAGACCUCAGAACAACUACAUUAAGCUUUAGUGGUUCUAGUGACUAUAGUGUCCCUUUUAAGAAUUCUAUUUUUUACAUUUAUAAACCUGGCUCCUUGAUUGCAAGCAAAUUUGUCAAGCCCAGGUCGAGAAUGUAACUUUAAGUUCAUAAAGUGAGCUAUACACACUAUUGCUGCAUUUUAAACAAUCAGGUUUAUGCACUAACGUGAAUUUAAAGCUGAUUUAAAAAUUUAAGGUCAAAAUACGUCUGUAAAAGUUGUAUUUAGUUAGUCAUUUUUAUUAGGUUACUCUGGCUUAAAAUGUGAAAUUCCUUUGAAUUCUAACAAUAUUGUGAAUUGUUUUACUUUGGAGCUCUAUGUUCAUACACACUGCUUGUUGUUAUCGAUCUUUGUCAUGGACCUUUUAUGUACUGUACAUGAAAGUGGGUUUUAUUUCUGAUGCAAACUUUUUGUUUAACAGGAUUUCUGUCUGAGCUAUGUCCCUCUGAAACAGGAACUCUCAGUAAAUAAGUGUUGGCUAUAUGUGGUCACCUUCUAUACGAAAUACAUGAAUUGCAACAUUAGACACAGGAUGGUGGCAUCAUCUGAACGCAACCACAUUAAUUUAUUUCACAUCCAAAAAUGCAUGUACCUCGUUUACUAUUCGUAGGACAUUUUAAGGUUGAUUAUCUAGGGCAGUGGUUCCCAACUCAGUCCUCAAGUACCCCCACCAGUUCAGGAUUUAGGGAUUACCCAAUUGUGUCUAAGGUGUUUUUAAAAAGGAAAAUAAAACACUAGGGGAAGGCAGACAGUGGAUAAAACUGAUGUAGAUCAGUCUCCUGUCAGCUUCCAUUCAGGCCAUAUUUCCGGGCCCAUUGCACUACAGAGCAAUUCGACGUCUCAAGGCCUUCUACCUACGCAGAUCCGCUUCAUACGAUCAACUGAUCUCGCUAACACACGAAGUCAGAUUGUAGCUGGAUUGGUGGCUUCACAAUAUGGAAGCAUGGAAUGGAAAGGCGAUAUUCGACUCCCUACCAGACUUCAUCCUGGAAUCAGAUGUCAGCAUCUCAAGAUGGGGUGCCACUUGCUCAGAUAUCUCCACUGGAGGCCUUUGCACACCCUCAGAGCGGACCUUACACACAAACUCUCGAACUGAUUGCCGGUUCCUUCGCAGUCUGCAGUUUAGCGAAGGACGCAUACAAUUGUUCACUGACUGAGGAUGGACGUCGCCGCUGUCCAUUACAUCGACCGCUCCAAACUACUCUUGGAUCUGACAAAUGAACUCUUAUCAAUGUUGCCUGACCAGGAACAUCUUCCUACAGGCAGAAUACCUACCAGGCUCAGACAACCUGGUGGUGGACUGGUUCUCUUGCAACUGGAGAGACACCAGCGAUUGGCAAUUGGACCCUCACAUUUUCCAUCUCCUUCAAAUGUCUUGUGGCCCUCUCUAUCUGGACCUCUUCGCGUCCCACUUGAAUUGCCAGACCGAGGCCUUUUUUUAGCUGGUUCCCAGACCAAUCCUGUCAUGCAGUCGAUGCAUUCCUGCAACCUUGGCCGAACUCAAGAGCACACGUCUUCUCACUGAUUCCUCAGACUCUGCAGAAAAUCAGAACCCUAAGAGUCACAGUACUUCUGAUUAGCCCUCUAUGGAGGACACAACCUUGGUAUCCCAACCUAUUGGAAUUGUCUGUAGACUUCCCUCUCCUUAACCCUCUUCCGCUCUGAUAUCUCCGUGGCUCACACUCCUGUCAAUUACUCUUCCGUGGGCAGACGUCUACGUGGUAUUAGAUUGACCAGUUCUGGGACGUAUCUCAGGUUUUCAUUUUUUAUUUUAUUUUUGGAAACUUGGCCUUCCAACUUGGAUAUCACUUUACGACAGCUAAUCCGCUAAACUAGCCCUGAUUUUUAUGUUUAGUCUCCUUCCGGAGAGUUUCCGAUGUCAAGGCUUUUGACUUACAUGCGCUUGUUUUCACUCCUGAUGGUGUUAGUUUUUCCAUUUCCCGUCCAACUAAGAUACUUUCAUCUUCCGUUUUUUUUUACCCGAAUUUUUCAGAUAGACCAUCACUUUGCGUGGCACGUUGUCUACGCCAAUAUGUGGACCUCACUACCCCACUCAGAUCUCCUUCAUGACCACUAUUGAUCUCUUAUGUUCGUCUCCACCGACUGGUAUUACGUCCUACGAUUGCUCGGUGGAUCAAAUGGCUUCUCGGUCUUGCUGGUGUUUACAACUCCUUCGGGGCUCAUUCAGUUCGAGGAGCGGCGGCUUUCUCUGCUGUCUUAGCAGGAAGGGCACCCUUUCAGAUUCCUGGAUUACAUGGUUGAGGACACAGUUUACUUCAUUAUCUCCGAUUGGUGCAGCUGCAUCAUGAGGAAGUGGGAGGAGCUUCAUUACCCUUUGUUACUGGCACCGUUUAAUGUGGUUGAAUUUUUACUUUACACAGUAAACCAUUUCUUUGCCGCUGGGAGGUUUGAAUAAAGAAAGUAAAGCAAAUAUCCGCCUCCUGUCUUUAAUUAAAUUUAGAUUAUUAGGUCAUUAACACUAGAAUAAUCCCUAAUUUAAACACCAUUUUCACCUGAUGUGUUGAAAGAAAAUCAAAAAGAUGAUGUGUUGAGGUCAACAGGCUCGGGACAUAACACAGGAUAUGUCUGAGGUUUUACACUUGCUUCUUAGCAUCCAGGUUACAAGAAACCAUAGCUCAAGAAGAGAUUUAAAUGAAUGUAUAAUUUUUCUUGCAAUGCUACACAUAAUGUACAGAUAAAAGACAUUUUUAAUUUUGACUGGUUUUGUAACUUCUCUGUUGUUCCACUCCACAACUAGUCGAGAAACUAGAUAUCCUCACUGAGCUAAGCAGGUCACUCACUGAUUCAGAGUUUAGUGGAGCUAACUGGAUUCUCUUGAAGGUAGGUCUGUGCCUGCAGACAUCUGGCUGGAUCCAGAUUAGUUGUCAAACCAUUAUAAAAUGUCUUGACAGAUUACUCUGGGAGUAUGUCAGGACACAGCUGGUGGUUAUGUUGCCUGGAGUGUUUCAUUAGGUUAUUCGUUAAAUACGGGUAUGCUAUUUAUAAGUGUGUCCUGUUUAAAGCACUGAUGAAAUCAAUAAUUUUGUCAUUACUAACUACCCGUUUCAUUUAUUUUGUAGCCUGGAACUCUUGAACAAGCUGUGAAUGAUAUUCGUAUGGUUGUUUUGCCCACAGAGGAUGGUGAAGUACACAGUGUCUGGCUGCUCACCGAGUAAGUCAUAAGAGAGAGUGUAUAUUAACAUUUUAGGUAGCCAAAAAGUUCUCUUUACUUGUUUAGUCAUGUCUUUUUUCCAAAUGUCUACAUGUCUAAUAAUGACAUGAGUGUGUUAUUUUACAGAAUCUCACAACUCAGACACUCAAAAAAUUAAAGGGACACUCACUUUAAGAACCAAAACAACUGUAGCUUAGUGGAGUGGUUUUGGUCUAGAGAGACUGCAGUCACACUGCUCAUUUAUUUGCCAUUUAGGAGUAAAUCUCUGUUUAUGCAUCCACACAAAUCAAUUGCCAGGAGUCCAUGCUAAUGCUGUGCAUGAGUACAAUAGUAAUGUCUGUGAGUAAGACAAUGAGACAAUGCCAGAUUCUUACUUGCUGUUGGUAGUGAUAUUUUUUUGUCAAUAUUUGUCAGCUCAAAACUUUACCAGUAGAUAAAGUAUAUCUUAGACAUAUAUUUUAACUGUAUUGGAAUUCAGUGAAAGAAGAUUGUAUCUUUAUGAAAUGAUCAAUGUAGCAGUUGGGUGCUGCCACCUGCACACUAACUUUCAGUGCCAAAAAAAUUGAAAUUCUAUACAAUAAGCCUCUAAGUCAUUAUUAGACUUACACAUGUACAAUAAAAGUAAAAAAGUGUCCAUCUGAGUGACUGCCACUAGAGUUGUUAAUAGGCAUGAAUGUAAACAUUACUUUUUCUCUCAAAAGGCAGGGUUUACAAUGAAAAGCCUGCAGUGACAUGCUAUAUACACUAGAACAACUACAUUAACCCCUUAAAUCCGGAGGGCGUACUAUUACGCCCUGCAGGAGCUGGCUCUAAACACAGGGUGUCACUGCAAUCGGUAUUUACCGUGUGUCAGCCGAUUUUCCCCUGUGCAGAUCGCAGUCGGGGGACAUACCCUGGGGUCAGUGACCGCGAUCUCAGAGCGCUCUGAUCGCAAUGACAGCCUGUCACUGCGCUCAGUGUUACAUGUGUCAGCCUAAUGGCUGAUACAUGUAACAGGCGCCAUGAUCCCCCUGCAGAUCGGUAGGGGGAGUGCUUGUACCACCCAGGCACUCCCCCCUGUGGUCAAUUACCCAAUGUGCAGCAAGUGAUCACAAUGACAGCCAGUCACUGUGAUCACUAUUACUAUAUGUCUGCCAAUGACCUCAAAUCAAUGGCUGACACAUUGUUUCUGCCCCUCACCUCACUUCGAUCUGAGAGAGAGAGGCAGAGACAUUGUUGGUUUUACAGCUCCUGUGAAAAGAAAAGGUUGUAUUACUUUUAAAAUGUUUUAUUUAACCCUUUCAGUGCUGAUCACAGCUUAUCACUGUCAUUAGCCUGACUAGGGCAUCUAGUACUUUUGUACAAAAUUUUGGGGUAAAAAAAAAAUAAUCUCAUUAUUUUAUUUUUUUUACCCUUUGUGUCAGUUGCAGCAACCCAAAUCUCCAUUACCCUUUCCCCGCUGCCGUGAUCACUGUACUGUACAGUAUAUCUGCUGUACGGUACUAUAUCAGUGAUCACUGUGAUCAGAGGGCUCUCUGAUCAGGCUGACUUUUUAUUUAUUUUUUGGCUACUACAAAAGACUGGGCAUACCCCAUUUUGAAUACCCUGGGAUGUCUACUUUUUCAAAUGGUAUGCCAUGAUGGGGGUAAUUUUUAUUUUUUGGCUGCCAUGCAGUCUCAAAGGCAACCUAGGCCCAGCAAACCAAUCUGUCAAAUUUAUAUGUAAAAAAUAAAAUAAAAAAAAUAAUGGACAAGCUGUAUAUUUGACCCUAUAACUUUCCAGAACCCUGUAAAACGUAUACAUGAGGGUUACUGGUUUACUCGUGAGACAUUUCUGAAUACAAAUAUAUGUAUGUUUUAUUGCAGUAAAACCGAACAGUAUUGUGACAUUAACCGUUAAAUUGACAUGCAGAAAUUGAAAAAUAGCAAAAUUUAUUUUCUUUGGUUUGUUUACAUUUUGUUUUGAUCACAACUUGUACAUUUGGCUCAGUCCUUAGGAGGUUAAGCUGUAGUGGUUCUGGUGAUUUAUAGUGUCCGUUUAAUUUGCCAAGAAUACAUUUUUAUUUUUGUUUUGUUUUUUUACUACCCAUCUCUUUUUACAGUUUCAACAAUUUGCAUGAUGGUCAUUUUCUUUACCCCAUGAAUUUUAACAAAUGAGUGACACAUAGUUCUGUGGAUGCUAUUUAAACAUCAGGCUUAAUAGACAACCAAUAUAAUUUUCACACUUUACCACAAACCUAUUCUAGAAAGGUGUGAUUAGGCAGUAUAUUUAUAUAUAGAUUAUUUUUAUGAUUGUGUAAUUCUGUUUAUUUUUUCCAACAGAGUUGAUCAUUGGAAUAAUGACAAAGAACGUCUGGUACUAAUCACUGAUAAAUCUCUCUUGAUCUGCAAGUAUGAUUUCAUUAGCUUGCAGUGUCUGCAAGUGAUCAGAGUGUGCCUCAACGCCAUUGAUACAAUUUCUAUUGGAGAGUUUGAGUUCCCUCACAUGUCUCUCAGCAAGUAAGUUGUCUUCUCUUUUGUUCAAAGAGUAUCUGGUGCAUUCCUACAGCAUAUGUGUGUAGUGCUUAACCCCUUAAGGACACAUGACGUGUGAUAUGUCAUGAUUCCCUUUUAUUCCUGAAGUUUGGUCCUUAAGGGGUUAAAGAGGGUUUGUCAUCAAAACUAUUUAUAAUGCAGCAGAGGUUGCCUGUUUUAAAUGUUUUUUGUAGCAGAAUUUAGUAAUUGGAUGUGGUGCUACACUUGCUGUGACUCAAUGGUAUCUUGGGGAGAUUGAAUUACCCUGAUGGUGUACAUAUAAAACACGGGGGGGUUGUGCGAUUCUUACCCUGCUUGAGAGCGCACUUUGCCUGCACACUGGGAGAAUAGUAAUUUGCUACUUUACCAGUAAAUAACUUAAUCUAUAUCUGUGGAGUUACGGCUGCUGAGAGCUGCAAUCCAAUAUUAAGUAGAAGACUAAGAAGGAAUGAAACCGCUUAGUCUGUAUUAAAUCAAUUCUUGGUUCCCCAGUCCAUGUUUUAGUAUUAUAGUUAUUCUAACUCCUGGCCUCUAUUUGUUUGGUUUUUCCUCUAGACGAGAAGGUAUUGGAAUUCGUAUUCUCUGGAAUAAAAGCAGCCGCACCUCUUUUGUAAAUAAGUGGAAUCCCUGGUCAAACAAUAUGCCUUACACUACAUUCACUGAGCAUCCCAUGGCUUUAGCGGAAGAGAAGAUUGUUCCACUGUGCAAGGUAAGUGUGAUGUGCAAAAAGGACAAAAAGAUGAACAAACAGUUCAUUGCUACACAAGUGGCAGGAUGUUUUUUUGUUUAACCAGAUCACGCCGCUCCGACUCUUAGGCUGAGAUAAUCAGUCUUCAUGAUCUCAGUCAAUCCAAUGCAUUCUCGUAGGAAAGCAUUGGGAGGCUAAUGUGCAUGCACGUCAAAAUGCUGCACUGAGUCUAUUAGCAUCUCCUCAUUGAUCAAUCCAUGCAGAGUUUGGAGAUGCUGAAUGUAGGUGCUGCACACACUGCAGCAGUGGAGUAGGAAGCACCUCUAGGUGGUUGUUUGAGUGUCUCCUAUUAGGUGUUGCCAGACUUCAAUGUAAACAUUGCCUUUUCUUUGAAAAGCCUGCAGGAACAGGCUAUAGACAAGUGGUAGUCAACCUUUUUCUACCUACUGCCCACUAAUGCAUCUUUUUGGUUGAAAACAUUUCCUUACCGCCCACCAGUUUUCACGCAAGUGCAGAAUAUUUUUUAGAAAGGAGGGUGUUUAAAAAAAAAAAAAAGUACACACAUUUAGCUUUUUAUUUUUACUUAACCCCUUCAUGACGGAAUCAAUAGUGCAUGUUCUGAUCAAAACAAAGCAUAAAUAAAAACCGUAAAUCACUGCUGUCACAUUAAGUGCACCCACACUUAUUAUAUAUCAUUUUGUUCAGGAGAAACAGGGCUUUAAUUUAUCAUUAACUAUUCAUAUAUGGAACAUAAUUUAUUAUGAAUAAAAUAAAAAAAAAAUGUGAGAAAAUAAGAUUUUUUUUUUAAUUUGUAUUUCCGUCUGACAUUUUAGCUGUGAAUGUUGUAAUACUGUUAGGUUUUACUGCAAAAAAAAUGCACAUAUUUGUAAUCAGCGAUGUCUCACGAGUACAACAGUACCCCCCAUUAAAAGGUUUUAUGGUAUUUUGGAAAGUUACAGGGUCAAAUAUAGAACGUUCCAUUUUCACAUUGAAAUUUGCCAGAUUAGUAAUGUUACCUUUGAGGCGGUGUGGUAGCCCAGGAAUGAGAAUUACCCCCAUAAUGGCAUACCAUUUGAAAAAGUAGACAACCCAAGGUAUUGAAAGUGGGGUAUGUUUAGUCUUUUUUAGUAGCCACUUAGUCACAAACACUGGUCAAAUAUUAGUUUUUUGCUUUUUUUCCACACAAAAAUAAAUUUGAACGCUAACUUUGUGACUAAGUGGCUACUAAGAAAGACUGGACAUACCCCACUUGCAAUAUCUUGAGUUGUCUACUUUUGCAAAUGGUAUGCCAUCAUGGGGGUAAUUCUCAUUCCUGGGCUACCAUACGCUCUCAAAGGCAACAUAACCAAUCUGGCAAAUUUCAAUGUCAAAAAAAUGAAAUGCAAGCCUUAUAUGUGACUCUCUAACUUUCCAAAACACCAUAAAACCUGUACAUGAGGGGUACUGUUAUUCUCGGGAGACUUCACUAAAGACAAAUAUUAGUGUUUUAAAACAGUAAAACAUAUUACAGCAAUAAUAUAGUCCAUAAAAGUGCUGUUCGUUUGUAAAAAAAAUGCAAAAAAACUUCACUUUUACUUAAAAUAUCAUCGUUGUAAUACAAUGUACCAGUUUGAAACACUAAUAUGAGUUCAGCGAAGUCUCCCGAGUAAAACAGAACAUCCUAUGUACAGGUUUUAUGGUGUCUUGGAGAGUUACAGGGUCAAAUAUAGUGCUUGCGAAUUAAAUUCUCUGCACUUUCAGGCAUGUCAAUCACAUUUUAAUUAAUCAAAUCACAUAAUUAUGUUAAAAGAUUACUUAAAUAUACAUGUAGAAUUUUAAUAUAUAUGCAUUUAUAGGUAUUUAAAUUCUACGUGUAUACUAAUGUAAAUUAUGUAAUUAUGUGUGUGUGUAUGUAUGUGCAUAUAUAUAUAUAUAUAUAUAUAUGUGCAUAUAUAUAUAUAUACACAAAACACAGUUAGAAAGAAAUUACAUAUGAAUAUAUAAUUUAUAUAAAAUUUUGUUUCAAUUUUUUAUUUUAAUAUAUAUAUAUAUUAACAUCAUUCUAAGUGUAUUUUAAUACGAAUAUAUAUAUACUUAUAUUAAUAUUAAAAUACAUUAAGUAUGACAUUAAAUAUAUAUAUUUAUUUUAUUUUAUAACUUGUUUAAUAAUAUUUUUUUUUUUUACUUUCCCACCAGCAGGGGGACUGUCUGAUAUUUCAGACAGUCCCCCUGCUGGCAGAUCCACAGCCAGCUACAGGGGGCCAUGUGAUCGCUAUUUGAGAGCGAUCACAUGGCCCCCGGGGGCCUCAUUUGCCAUGGGAGGGCUGCCUGGUCUGCGAGGCAGUCCUACUGAAGCGGAGCGCCGGUUAGGUAAGUAUCCCGGACGCUCUGGGGCUCAAAGCCAUUACGGCGUUCUAUGCCGCUGGGACGGCAUAGAACGCCGUGAAGGGGAUAAUGCGUGUUUAUAAUGUUUUUAACUUUAUAAAGUUUAAUGAGAAAACAAAGUAAAUUGAAAUUACCUUUAGUAGUGAUAAAUGAGAUCCUUGAGGUUGAUGCUGCAAGACUAAAUAUGUGAUAUCUGGUUCAAUUUUCGUAAGGAACAAACGAAGGUCUCCUCUUUCGGUGAUAUUCAGACUACUUCUCUGUUUGCGCAUAAUAUGAUUUCUCAUCUGUGCGUCAGCUCCCUCCCCAUCUUUUUUUUCUUUUUAAAUUUUUUUUUUUAACCUUCCUUAUAGCAAUGCCCAGUAGGAAGCCUGAGCUAGGUAUCCCACUUACUAUUACUUACUAUAGCCCACUAUAACAGACAGGCAUACAUACACACACACACACAUUAUUAAGUGUUCUUGCAAGAACACUUAUUGUUAUCUCACAUAUAUAUUAUUCUUAUUAUAGCCAAAUUUGCCACCCUAACUCCUCCCACAGUUUUUACACUACAUAGACCAAAAUUUACCAAAACGUGCAGAUUGUUCCCGAUCGGAUUGCUAUUACUUUGUGGAACGUUUCGCCGAAUGGUUCACGGAAUAUCGUCGUUCUUGUGGCGAAAUUUGUCCCAUAGGAAUGAAUGGCAAAGCUAGAGUGGGAGCUGGCAAAAGCUGAAAAAUCAGGACAUGAUUUCUAAACUGCCACCACUCCCUUAUUUUCAGGCCCACCUACACAAAUCUUAUAUCAAAACGUUCAGCUAUCCCUGCUGCCACUAAACAUGUCAACGGCUAAGCCAUAGUCCUGAUAGUUUUCACAAUAUAAUCAUUUGUUUGCAACUAACGCCGUCCAUUGACAUUCAUUGAAACUUCACUCUGCAAAGCUCAAAUUUGAAGUGCAAUUUCUAAACUGCGACUGUGCCUUCAAUUUUAAUACUUCAGAGACAUACUAUGCAUCAAAAUGUAGGUCUGGGUCUUGUGAUUCUCACAAUAUAAAGCUCUUCACUGUAGGAGUUAUAGUUUUUAAGAUACGACCGUUUGAAGAUGGCAACCACCAAAAUACUCUGACCUGUCAAGGCUGCAGCAGCAAGUGAUGUCAUAGACAGGGCCUUUUGAACACCUGCUAAUGUUUUUAUAAAUGUAUGGUUUAAUGUAACUGUGCAACAACAUUGCAAUUAAAUGUGCUAUAUAAAUGAUAACAGUUACUCCUCCCACUCCAGUUGUAGACUACUGGUGGAGGCAAGAACACUUCACACAAUUUCCCCAGAAAUUGUAGCUUUUCUAGUUAUUAUUAUUAUUAUUAUUAUGAUAUUUAUAGAGCGCCGUCAAAUUCCGCAGCACUUUACAAUGGGUGGACGAACAAACAUGUAGAUGUAACCAGACAAGUUGGACACACAGGAACAGAGGGGUUGAGGGCCCUGCUCAAUGAGCUUACUUGCUAGAGGGAGUGGGGUAAAAUUACACAAAAAGGUAAGGAUAGUAUUAGACUAGUGACAGUUGCAGAAGAGGAAUCAGUCAGGAGCUAUUAACAGUUUAAUACGCUUUUAUGAAGGAGUGGAGACUGGGUGAGCAUCUAACGGAGGAGGGAAGUGAGUUCCACAGGAAAGGUGCAGCCCUCGAGAAAUCUUGAAGGCGAGCAUCAUAGGUGGGAUUACAGACAGAAGAUAGACGUAAGGGCCUAGAGGGGACAUACUUGUGUAUUAGGGAGUAUAGAUAGGUGGGAGCAGCAUUAUGUAGAGAUUUGAAGACAAGAACCAGAAUUUUAAAUUGAGCUCUAUUUUAUAGGAAGCCAAUGUAGGGACUGACAGAGGGGUGAGGCAUGAAAGGUGCGGGCGGACAGGAAGAUGAGCCUCGCCGCCGCAUUCAUUAUGGACUGUAACGGCGCAAGUUGGGAGCACGUAAGACCACUGAGAAGCGGAUUACAGUAGUCAAGGCGAGAAAGGACAGUGGAAUGGACCGACACCUUAGUCGCAUCUGGCGUUAAGUAGGGGCGGAUGCGCGCAAUGUUUUUGAGAUGGAAAUGACCGGAUUUGGCAAUCGAUUGAACAUGAAGCUUGAAGGAGAGGUCAGAGUCAAACAACAACUAGGCAGCGAGCCUGCGUGGUGGAGCUGAUGGUAGCACCGUUGACUUGGAUGGAGACAGACACAGUAGUAACAAUACUUGAGGGAGGAAAGACCAGAAUUUCAGUUUUGGUCAAGUUUAGUUUAAGGAAGUGGGCAGCCAUCCAGUUAGAAGCAGCAGAGAGGCAGUCAGAGAGACUAGUCAAGAGAGACGGGGAGAGAUCAGGACAGGUAGAUUUGCGUGGCAUCUGCAUAGAAAUGAUAUUGGAAGCCAAAGUAGCUAAUGAGUUUACCAAGGGAGGCAGUAUAGAUGGAGAACAGUAGGGGACCAAGGACUGAACCUUGGGGGACACCAACAAAGAGGAGUUGGGGAGAAGGAGCAGAGCCAGAGAAAGAAACACUGAAAGAAUGCUGGGAGAGGUAGGAGGAGCACCAGGAGAGAGCAAUAUCUUGUAGACCGAUAUUGCGGAGGAUGAGAAGAAGCUGUUGAUGAUCAACAGUGUCAAAAGCCGCAGACGGGUCAAGGAGAAUUAGGAUAGAGUAGUGACCACGAGAUUUUGCAGCGAGUAGAUCAUUGGAUACUUUGGUCAGUGCCGUUUCCACAGAGUGCUUAGCCCGGAAACCAGACUGAAGCGGGUCUAGGCGAGAGUUGGACUCGAGGAAGUCUGUCAAUCUCGCAUACACAACUCUUUCAAGGAUCUUGGAUGCAAAAGGCAGUAGCGAGAUAGGACGAUAGUUGGAUGGGGAGUUAGGGUCAAGAUUGGGCUUCUUUAGAAUUGAGGUUACAGUUGCAUGUUUGAAGGGCAAUGGAAAUAUACCAGAGGAGAGAGAGAGAUUGAGAAUUUUAGUGAGAGGUUAAGAAAGAGAAGAAGACAGAGUACGGAUGGGGUGGGGCGGGGGGGAGAAGGGGGGCCUGCAGCGUUUAAAUGUACAAGGUGCCAUGAUGUCUAGUUGAGAGGAGAGGGUGGAAUUGUAGAAGGAGGUUGCAGAACUAGGACAGGUGAGGUUUGAUAUCAGUGGAGAAAUGCUCUAGGUCAAGACAUUGGAGGUUUCUGUGAGAGUGAUGUUCGGACGGUGAUGUCAAUUGGGUCUUAGGUAUGCCAAUGUCAAAAGUCAGCAGAUGGUGGUCAGAGGAAAAUAAAUAUUGGAGAGAUUAGAGGCAGGACAGAGGUUGGUGAAGGCAAGAUCAAGAGUGUUUCCUGCUGUAUGGGUUGCUAAAUUGGACCAUUGUGGAAGGCCAAAGGAGGAGGUUACAGAGAGCAGACGAGAGGCAUCAGUGCAAUUGGGGUUAUUGAUUGGGAUAUUGAAAUCCCCAAGUAUAAGGGAAGGAGUGCUAGAUGAGAGAAAGUUGGGAAGCAAGGAAGAAAAGUGCUCAAUGAAUAGUCUAGGAUAACCGGGGGGGCGGUAGAUGAUAGCAAUUCUUAAAGGAGUGGGUUUAAAUAGGCAGACAGUGUGAACUUCAAAAGAAGAAAAGGAUAGGGCAGGGGUAGUUAUGAUUGGUUGAAAGGUACAUCGAGGGGAGAGAAGGAUGCCAACGCCGCCUCCUUUACAGUUGAGUCUGGGAGUGUGAGAGAAUUGUAGCCCACCAAAACAUAAAGAGGCAGGAGUAGCGCUAUCAGAAGGGGACAGCCUGGUCUGUCAGUGCAAGCAGUGUGAGUGAGUUUGAGAUGAAAAAGUUGUGUAUGGUUGUAAGACAUACAUACAAAGACACAUACAUAAGACACAUACAUAAGACACAUACAUACAAACAAACACACACAAAAUAUUUUAGUCACCCUUCUGUUUCCUACCUUUUAGGUGCAGGAGGGUGACUUUCCCUCGGGUCCAGUAAUGGUUCAGUUGGAUGGGAGUCAGGGUUCCCACUCUGAGUCCCUUGUCUUCCUCCCGCGCGGCUCUCAGUAUUAGCUGGGAGGAGUUACGUGCAGUCACUUCCUCCCAGCUCUGUGUGAUGUUAUCAUAGGGGGCCCGGUCGCGCUGUUAAAGCGCCCAGCGCUGACCGGGCCCCUUUACAAUCCACAUCCAUCGGGUGGCCCUGACCGCAUGCGCCACCCGAUGGACCCCUCCAUAUGCGGCCCCAGCAGUUUGCAGCGCGGGCUGGGGCCAAAAGUGAUGAUGGCGGUAUCCGGUCGCAUGGUUACCGCCGGCUCCCGCCCGCACAAUCUCUCAAAAUUAGAAAAUCCCUACCACCCACUAGUGGGCGGUAGGGACCAGGAUGACGACCCAUGCUAUAGACAUAAGAACCACUACAUCAAGCUGUAGUGGUGACUAUUGUCUCUUUAAUGUUAUUGAAGUAUGGAUGUUUAAAAUGGUGGGUGAGUAAGAUCCCACAAUGCCUAGCAUUCUGUAGAGGUCCAGAUCCAAGUAUGUAUAAACAAUAUAUAUAUAUAUUACAUAUUUGCUAGCGAUUUUGCAAGCAUAAUGUCUAGUUCCAUUCUUGUACAUUACUUGAAUAGACAUACGUGUAUUGAAAUACACUUUCAGGAUUACUUACUAAACUAUGAACUGCCUGAAAUUCGCCAGGUGACUGCAAAUUUGAGGUCAAAACAGCUGAGCUAGAAAUUGUUCUCCAAGUAAGUUAUGUUCACAGUUGGUGCUAAACUUGCAAUUGUUGCAUGUUGAAUUCCUAACAACUCACUGUUUAGUGAUUAACCCUGUUUGUGACUUCCUCUUCCUGAAAGACUCAUUCUAAUGAGUUAACGAAAAGAUUAGACUAUUUCAGAAACAAUAUUUGAAACGUUCAUGCUUUAUUUUACAGUUGGAAAACUUCCGCGUCCAGUUGAUUCAGGCAGUAAAGAGAGCGCAUCGGGAGAAUCCAUUGCCAGGAAGAGCUAAUGGGGUACUUGUUUUGGAACACCCACUAAUGAUUGAAACCUAUGUGGGACUAAUGUCUUUCAUCAACAAUGAGGCCAAACUUGGAUACUCUAUGUCAAGAGGCAAAAUUGGAUUUUAAUUAGGAAGGAAAAAAAAAGCAAUGCCUUUUGUUUAAAGUUACAUUUACGUGGAUCUCUUGACUUGCUAAAUUUCCUUCAUCAAAAAAAACAACAAAAUCAAGUAAGGUAUAUCUAGGGCAAUGAUGGGCAGCCAACAGCUCACAUGACCCUAUUGCCAGUAAUAAGCUGCCAAUUCUAAAUCUACAAUCAGUGCCAACCAAUUGGCUGUGACUGGCAAAGUAUCAUGACAGUAUAUUAGCAGCAGGACAACAGUUUUCCUAUCGCGGAUAGGAAAAGAAAACAGAACAAGUUUCUGAUCAAACAUGUUUUUCAUAUGGACCAGAUUUUACCCAUAGCGCAAAUAAGAUCUGCUUUAAACAAGUACUAAAAGUUCAGCUAUACAUUUCUGUAGUAAAAUUGCAAGUAAACAUCUUGAUUUAUAAUAUUAAAAUACAUACUUACCUAUACGUUCUGUUCAGAUAUUAUGUGAUGCAUGUUCCCCCUAGAAUGCCAAUAUAUGCACAUAAUUCCAUGGCAUUCUAAGUUAGAGGUGAGCAUUGUAAAAUACAUGCAGGAGUCCCUGGAAUUCAGUGACCAUCACUGUAGUUUAUAUAUCUAGAUCAGCUGUAAAGGGGUAUUAGCUUGAUCUUUCAGUACUGAAAUACUGUAUCAAGACUUUUCUUAUCAAGCAUUGUGUAUAUGAUGUCACCAGGUGAAAAUAAACCUCUUGCAGUUGGCAUUAUUUGUUCACAAGCACAAAAUACAGUGUAUUUCACAGUUCAUGAAACGUACAAUGUAUUAUUUAAUGUGUGUAUAUAGCUAUUUGUGUUAAUAUGUUUGUAAUGUUGACUUUCAAAUUCUGUAUUUUUUAUUUAUGUCCUAUGUUUGUCCUUGAAUACAUGGAUGUAUUACUUUUAGUACUUUGCAAAGAUGAUGCACCUUAUUCCUACAUGCCAAGUAACUAAACUCUUUUCUACAGUUUGGUUUAAUUAAUUGUCAAAAGUGUGUUGCACAUGGAAUUGUAUUUUGAUCAGUUUGAUUGUAACAAAGGCCACUGGAUUUUUUUUCCCUCUUUCACUUCACAUUACUUUGUUGGGACUUAUUGUCUAAAAAAAAAAACUGUAUACUAUUAGGUUAUAUAAAAGGGCGAUUUCACUGCAGUUUUUAGUAAUAAAUUUACCAAAUGUAGCGUUAACACUGGAAUCAAAGCUGAGAUGAUAAAUUCUGUAAACCUUCCUGAAAUGAACACUCCUUUUAAUGUAGAUUUUUUUUUUUUUGGCAUUCUGCAACAUUGCACCUCACUGCUGAACUCAAUGCAGUUUCUAUAGAUUCACCUAAUGGACCAAGCAUCUACAGACUGUAAAAAGUUUGUCAAUGUAACGUGACAAAUUUAAGACAGAGGGAAAGUAUUCACAAACAUUUUGCUCUUUGCACGCAGAAAGAUAUGCGCAUGCUGCCAAUACAAAGACUUCACUGUUUGUGUGAUGAUUGGAGCUAGGCAUGCCUGUCCCCUCACAGCACCACUCAGAGAGAUGAGGUAGUUUUUGGAUUUGCAGAAGCUCAUCUCCAAGUAGAAGCGUUACACUAACUUAUUGAUGUUAUUUGGUAUGCAAAGUGGGAACUUUAAUUCAUGGCUCUCUGCCUAAACUGACUGGCAGUGUGACCUAGAAUUUUAACCUAUGUUUAAUUUCAAGCCUGAUUUGUCACUUUGACAAAUUUGUCAAACCUAAGGGUGCAGUAACAGGGUCCUAGAAUCAUAACCACUUCAAUAAUCUGAAGUGGUUAUGGUUUCUAAAGAAUCCUUUAAAACUUGUAAAGAGUAAAAAUAUCUCCCACUUUGGCUCUUUUGGUUUAAAUCAUGUAACUCUUUAAAUUAAAAUUUUAAGUGGAUAACUCCUUUGCUUGAUAAAAGCCAAUAUUUCUGUUGAAUGCUCUAAUAGUGCGAUUAAUGCUUUUCCAUCAUGCACCACUUAUAUAUUUUAGUUUGACUUCUAUUGUAUCUAAACAGUGCAUUAAACAUGGAUUUGCCUUUAAGUCUGGCUACAAGUCCAUUAAAAUGUAUGUACCUCCUACAGUAUUAUUUGGAUAGCCAUUUGAACCCUUUUGUCAGGCACAUGGAAAAUGUAAAUGUGACUAGGCCUGGUAUUGCAGAGUUUGUGUUCUAAAGUUCCCAUUACAUUGUGGGAAAUGUAGUCUAUAUGAAUCUGAAGUGCCAAGGUUACUUAUUUCAAUAAAAGAGCCUCACCUCCUACAAAUGUGCUAAUGCAGUGUGUAGGGCACUCUAAGGGCAAACCGAAAUUACAUCAAGUUUAUUGCCCAUUUACAGAAAAGACUGGGCAUGAUAGCCAUUCAAAUAAAUUGUAUAUGAAAAUGGUUGUGGUAAGUUCUAACAUGCCAUAACUUGUCAGUGUAUGGUAUAAUUGUUGAAAGCCACAUAAGAUGAAAAAAAAAAAAAAAAGCUAUUCUAGUCUAUAUUUCUAAACUCUAGUUCUGUCACUAAAUUCUAUUUAGGUGUAGCUUUGGAACACAUGCUAAAUUGAAUAUUGUUGCUAAUUGCACAUAUCACUAACUCUGCUGCUAUACAUUUAGUUCUUUACUAUGGUGUUUCUAGAUUUUUAUGCAAGUUUCGGGAUCUGGAUUGAAAGGUCUAAGCAGUAUACUUUCCACUUUUUGUUACAAGUUCAGUAUUCAAUGCAUGUUAAUACAUUGAACUGUUCCUUUGUUUUAAACGCUAUGAAUUUUUUGUCCAUAUGUCAUGUACUAAAUAUUUUAAUGUGUUUCUCGGUGCAUAAUAUUGGAAAUAAAGUUGUAAUAUACUGUGUUUGUGUUUUAUUUAAACAACUUCAAUAACUAGUAUUUAAAGGGACACUUGAAUUGCAUAAAACUAAACUUGCUGUGUGAAAAAUAUUUUUCCAUUUUACAAAGUGCAGACUAAUGGAAAUUGGCAGUUUUAUAAAUUAACCAACCCCAUCCCCCACCCUGCUCUCAGACAACCGGUC